UCUUCUUCUUGCCUUUUCCUCUCUUCUUUCCCUUGUGGCUAUAAGCUUUUAUGAUUUUAAGUGUUCUGUAAUGAGCCUGGAUCAAUUCAGUAGUCUUAUCGGUCAUGCUAAUUUGUUGCUCUCUUUCUUGCUCAAGCUUCUGCCUCUUCAUUAUAUUUUCUCUUGUAACAUGUUUCUAAUGAGGGUCUUCAUUAAAGUCAAUUUUUCUUGAACUUCAGAAUAUUUUUAUUAAGGUUGUUCAAACUUUCGUGGUUCUUCGUCAUGCCUUUCUGUAGUUCAGGAUGCUAUCCCUACAAUUAUUUUCGUCUCUAUCAAAGCUUUUCCUCAGAUUCUCUUCAUUCUCUGGAUCUUCCUUCUUGGUGAGGUUAGUCAGCUUAUUAGUAUAGAUAGUGUUUAGUCUAGUUCUUUUCUCUUGAAGCUCCUUCAUCCUUCUGUUAUGCUGUUUCUUAUUCUCUUCUUGGUUAGCGAUGCUUUCAUUGUGGAUGAGUUCUCUCCUUCUUCUUUAUGAAUUGUGAGGAGCAUUCAAUUGCCAGUUUAGUCGCUCAUUCUUUAGUAGUCACAAAUCUCAUCUGUUUUUAGUUGAAAAUUGUUACAGACUGUUUGUUCUUCCUUCAAGCAUGUCUUCAAGUUCUUGUUUUUGUAGUUAGCUUCUCGAUAACUUUUUUCUUGCCGUUCCAACCUUCAAGAGAAAUGCUAAGGUUGGUUAGCUAGAUAUCAAGCAUUUUAUUGACAUAAUUUAAACAAUCAGCCAUGCCAAUAAUCAUGUUAUCAUUAAUGAUUCUAAGGUUAUGUAGGCUUCCUCCUUAUCCUUUAAGAUGAGCCUUACCAACUAAGAAAAUGAUUUCUACAAUCUAUUAGAGGUGGCACUAUACUCCAGCCAGUUGCUAGCUAUCAUCAGACAUUAUAAUUUAUUAGAGAUUAGAUUAUUAUCCUGAAUGAUCUUUCAAAUUUUGCACGAUACUGCAGUUGGUUCUUUAAUUCAUACUAGAACAGCUGGUAAAGGCUCGUAUCUUGUGCGAUAAUAUUGUUAAAUAGCUUUGGAGUAAGAUAUAAAAGAACCUCUAGCUUCUCGACUAAAAAAUCAAGGAUCUUUC